AUGGGUGACGUCAUGAGGUAUUUCGACGACAGCGAGGACGACGAAGAUUUCUGCUUCGAUGGAUUGGAUGAAAGCGACUUCGACGAAGAGGAAGAUGAGGAAAAUUCAAUUCCAAAUUCAGAAAUUAAAAGGCGUUUUCUGGACAAGCUUAAGAGGGGCUUAGACGGUAUUGAAGAUUUGGAGUCGGAUUCUGAAUCGGAAUCGGAGUCAGAGAGUGAGAAGAGCGAACGUAUUGUUGAAGUCACCGAUGAAGAAGCCAACCAGAUUUUGCAAGAGCGCAAUAAAAAAGAUGAAAAAAAGAAUGAGAAUGUGUUAGUGAUUCCUCAGAACGUCGCGAAAAAAGCAUCUUUGGGAAGCCAAUUAUCACCAGCACAGGAAUCAGGACGCAAGAAAAGACAAGCUGAUGAGAAUGUUGCCGCUCCAGCAGCGAAGAAAAUGAAAGUCAGCACCGAGGCGGAUACCAAAAAAUCAGCGCCCACAAUUGUUGAAAAAUCAGUACCAGAAACAAAAGAACCGUCGCCAAAAAAGAAGGGAAAGGAGGGGAAGCAGAAUCCCGCCAAGGAAGAGAAGAAAUCUGAUGUGGCCCCUGGGGUUGUGCGCCAACUUGCAGGCGGAGUGAAAUAUGAAGUGCUGGGGGUGGGUCGUGGAACAAAAAUUGCAACGAUUGGUAAACGAGUGAAAGUCAAAUAUGAAGGCAGAUUAGCAAAUGGAAAACAAUUUGAUAAAGGAACACUAGACUUUACGAUUGGUGGUGGCGACAUGAUCAAGGGGUUUGAUCUAGGUGCCAGAGGAAUGUUGGAGCAAGAAAAGCGGCGAGUGUUUAUUCCUUCUCGCUUGGCUUAUGGAAAGCAAAAGGUUGGCGGAAUUCCACCGAAUUCUGAUCUGAUUUUCGAAAUAACUCUUCUCUCAACUAAAUGA